GCCUCUGUCGGACAAUGGAAACACACCUACAAAGAUAAGUCAAACCUUGGUCACACACUGUCGUCGUAAACAUGCUAUUUUGAUAUACCCUUGGAAGCAAUAUACAUUCGAUAACCGGAGCUGCGUGAGCAGACCUUGUACUUGGCUUAUCAAUCAAUGUAAUGGUGUGAUUUUCACUAGGGACCCACUGUCUACCUCAUUGAACAUCGCUUGUGCGAAAAACCCACUUUCUGACAGCCACUGGUAAUUGGUGUUGUGUACGAUGAUGAAGUUUUGUAUGCUGCUCUUGCUUGCCUGCUGCGUGGUCGGCAUCCGCGCUGAGAACGGCAAUAAACACCAGUCGACUGAACCCUCCAACCCGGAGGCCGUCCAGAGCGCUGUCACCAGCGAGGUCCUGAAGCUUAUCGAGGUGGCCAUCAAGGUGGCCCAGUACACGGAUUCGGCGGAGAAGCAGAAGGCAGUGGGGUGGGUGCAGGAGCGCUUGAGCAACAUCAAGGACCUGCUGGACAGUACCAACAAGCAGCCUACGGAGCCGGAGACUGUGUACUAUGAAGACUGCUCGGCGUUGCUCUCUGAAGGAUUCAGUGAGAGUGGCCUGUACGACAUUUACCCGGCAUACCCCGAAAGUACCGAUCCAAUGCAAGUGUACUGCGACCAGGAGACGGACGGUGGUGGCUGGAUCGUGUUCCAGCGCCGAGUGGACGGCUCCGAAUCCUUUGAGAGGACGUGGGACGAAUACAGACAGGGCUUUGGGAACUUGGAAGGGGAGUUCUGGCUGGGAAACGACAACCUGGUCCUGCUGACUGUACCCGGGCAAGUUUCCGGGGGAUCCGGAGGGAACGUGGAGCUGCGUGUGGACAUCAGGGACUGGGCCGACAACACCGCCUUCGCCAAAUACUUGGACUUCUCGGUGCAAGGCAGCGAGUUUACACUCACGGCGGAUAACUUCGCUGAGGAAUCCACAGCAGGUGACGCUCUUGACUAUCACAACGGCAUGGAUUUCACGACCAUCGACCACGACAACGAUCGAGCCAGCGGCGGCAAUUGCGCCAACUGGAUGCGGGGUGGUUUCUGGUUCAACUACUGCCUGACGGCUGACCCGAACGGGCCGUACCUGCCUGAGGAAGGAGAGCACGGCGCCCUCUCACCGGGCACCGACCAGGGGGUGACCUGGACCACUUACACUGGACACGGGUACCCCGGCAGGGAGUACUCGCUCAAGGGAACGGAGAUGAAACUGCGUCGGGCGCCCGUUAUUCUGUCCUAAACUUGAUCAAUGUCACAUCUGAGAAAAAUGUUUCCGCUGGAUAAAAAUCCGCUGAACUUUCGAAGAGUUUAGUUUUGAUUCAACCUAAGUGUCAUUCGUUGAUUAAACCUAAGUGCCAAUCGUUGAAUCUAUUGUCAUAAAUAAAUAAAUAAAUAAAUAAAUAAAUAAAUAAAAGUACCAAAUUGUUGUAAACGUGUAGCACAAAAUAAAAUAAAUAAAAUUCCUUGAAAUGUUUACAGCAGCAACAACUGUUUAGAGAAAUGUAAAAUUUAUUCAAUUCCCGCUGGUCUCAACAGCAAACUGAAGCGAUUUUCAUGCUAUAACUUCAAUUAUCGGUUAUUAUUUACGGAUAACCCAAAUAAACCAGAGCACGUCACCGCUGCUCGCUUCUCAAAAUAAAAAUGUGAGUCGAAAUGCCAGAGUGGUCGAGAUUACCUCACUGCAAGAAAAGUGGUGUUGAAUUGAGUUGAUCUAACACCCUUGUUAUGGGAAAACUACCCCCGUCUGGAAGUGUUAGAUUAACACCACAGUUUUUGCUGUGUUUUUAUUUGUUUAGAUUUGUUCAUUUUCCCUGCCCCGGGACUUGUUUUUUAUCAUCUUGUUCGUAUAAACAAGCAUACGAUAACACUUGUUGAUCCGAGUGGUGACCUGAAUACAUGGUCCAAGGUUUUUUUGCUCUGCCCUUGUCACCAUGGGACACGUCAGGAAAUCUUAUGAUUGCACAAUCAUUGCAGGCCACUUACCAGACCCGAAAUUGCCUGCACGGUCCAAAAAUUCACUCUUUGCUUGCUGUCAAAUUCUCUGCUACCAGACUGUUUGUGACUCCAGCACUGAAAAUUUUGUAAAGAAGGUUGGAGCCACCAGGAGGACUGGCAACUUGUAUUUCUGAGAAUUUUAAGCCAAACGAGGCCCUGAGGGCUUUAUGUUGCAAUGGAGCAUCAGAAUCUAUUUGAACAUAAUGGCGACGAACUUCACGCCACUAUUGUUAUGGAUGAUCAUACUUGGAUGAAACGUUGUCCAAAGGCAACUGGUUGACCCACCAAAACUUCAAAAGAGUAUAAAAGAUGAAAAAGGGCUUCAGUUAUACGUCUCUUUCAUGCUCGAUAAACUUGUGAGUACAUGCAUUUUCAAGAUUUUUGUGGGGUCAUUUAUCAUUAAAUCUAUUAUCUAUGGCAGCUUAAUAACUCCUCUGCAAAAAAUAGAAGAGGUUUGCUCACCUGUAAAUAAACCCGAAAUAGCCUGCGCGGACCUAUAAAUCACAAUGAGCCAUGAAGAAUUUUUGGCUUCUAUGGAUGUGUUAAAAUGAAGCGUGGCCAACUUUCAUGGAGCCGCGUGGACCUUCGCUCAAAGGAGGUCCACACAAUUUAGAGUUGGAAGACGCAUGUAGACCUGUGCACGUCCAAAAACCCAAAUUUACGUUACAUGCCUAGUGUGGACAUUCCUUUGUUUUUGAGCAAUUAAGAAAACUCUUUGAAAAUACCCAUAUUUCCUGAACUGCCAACACGAUUUCCAGCUGGAUUUUUGUAAAAUGUUUCCCUGACUGUUCCUCUUCCUUUUACAAAAAAAUGACCCUAACCCCCAAAUGCCUCUAAACCUCUUUAUCAGUGAAGGGGAAACGUCAUGUGGACAUAGGUAAUUCCAGCGAACGUAUUCUCAUCCUGCAUCGUGUGGACAUGAUUUUGUUUUGUUCACAAGUCCUCAUAGGUAGGCCUACGUAUUCUCCCACUGGACAAGUUCAGAGGUGUUUUUGGAAGUCAUCAGUGGCAAAACGAAGAGGAAUAGUUCAAGAAAUUAUAAUAAAAAAGCAGCUCGAAAGAGGUAUCAUUGUCGGAGAAAAGGGAGCAUUUCCCCAAUUUUCUGAACAAGGAGAAUAAAGGUAUAUCCAUCACACUACAGGAUAGGCCCUAUGCGAAACAGGUAUGUACAGUGGAUAAAGA